CUGCCACUAGGGUUUUAGGCACCCUUUUUAUAACACCACCAUUAUUACGUCUUCCCCGUCUCAGCGGCGCUAGAACUUGGUAUCCUCCCCAUCUCAGCCCCAAACAUGCCGAAGCAAAUACACGAGAUCAAGGAUUUCCUUCUCACAGCUAGAAGGAAGGAUGCACGGUCAGUCAAGAUAAAGAAGAACAAGGAUAUGGUCAAGUUCAAGGUUCGCUGCUCCAAGUACCUUUACACACUUUGUGUGUCCGACUUUGAGAAAGCUGACAAAUUGAAGCAAUCACUUCCUCCAGGUUUGAGCGUGCAAGACCUCUGAAGAUGGAAAGCAUCAAUCUUUUUCCUUACAAGUUAUUAGACAAUGGAGAAUUUUGAAAGAGCUCAUAUGUUUGUUGUUCCUUCAUAUUUUCUUGCCUUUAUGCAGGUGUCCUAAGUAUUGAGCAUUUAGAAACACAUUGCUUUUUUUGACCCCGCUUACAUUAAUACGAGGCAUUUUCGUGUCAAAUGAAUUUUGAUUGUUAGACGCGAAGUGCAUUACUUUUCUUGACCCCGCUUACAUUAAUUUGAACCCUUCUCGUGUCAAAUGAAUUUUGAUUGUUAGAUGCCAA